UUAUGACUUUUGAUGAGUUCGUAAGUGGAUACAAAAACGAGUCAAAUUGGAAACUAAAAGAUGGACGUCUGAUUAUUGAUGUGCUCACAACAAACUUCGCUCGAAAAGUUUAUGAAACAAUUGAUGCGGUGCCAAAACCUUUUGAAGACAACGUAAAUGCUAUUAUUGAUUAUCUUACCGAGAUAGAAUAUGUAAUAAAUAUGGCAGGACCUAUUCUAGAUGAUGUUUCGGGCGAUACGAAAUCCAAAGCCGUUGAUGGGCAUCGGCGUAAGAUUGAUUUGAGAAUUGUUUGUAGAAACAAAUACAUUGAGUUAAGUCAUGCAGAAUGCACAAAGGCGCCAACUCCUUGUAAAGCUGUUAAUGAUCGAUCAAAGUAUUUCUAUGAUGAGGAAGCGAAAGAUUCAACAAUUUUUGGUGUACAAUUUGCUGGUGAAGUUCGUCUACUUUUGAUUGUGAUUAAUUUAACGAAUGAUAUUAAUUAUCAACCAAUUAUUAUUAC